AUGGCAACAAUAAAAUGGGCAUGCAUGACUUUCUUACUAUUUCUUAGCUUGGGAGUUGGUUCUGCUGGUAGAGCCCAAGUGCUUGAUAAUGAUAACCCAGAAAAGUUUGUCUUGGGUGGACAUAUUGGUUUGAAUCCAGGGUUCCACCUUGGAGGUAUUAUUGACGCAAUACUUGGCCACAAUAGUCCCCAGACUCCUCCCACCCCAUCACCCAGCCCAACUGAGACCUCUGCCGCCAGAGCCACAGAUGGUUAUGGUGAAGGUGGAGGCUACGGAAGUGGCCAAGCAGCCGGUGGCAGCUUUGGUAAUGGUGGAGGCGGCGGAUGGGGUGGAGGCAGUGGCAGCGGAAGCAGCGGUGGAUGGGGUGGUGGAGGUGGCGGCAACGGUCAAUACCGUCACCGAGAGGGUGAUGAUUGUGGUGACCAAAGUGGUUGUGAUAGCAGGGACCAAAGUGGCAGUGAUUGCGGUAGCCAAUGUGGUGGUCAGGGUGGUCACCAAGGUGGCAGCGGUUGCAGGGGUGAAUGUGGCGGCAGCGGUCAAGAAUGUCACCAAGGUGGUGAUGAUUGCGGCGACGAAAGUGGACACCAAAGUGGCAGUGAUUGUGGGGGCCAAUGUAGCCGUCCUGGUGGCGGCCACGGCAACACCCCAAGCAUUGUCGUCCCUGGUUUUGACUUUGGUGGUGCGAUUGGCGGUGGGAUUAGUGGUGGAAUUAGUACUGGAUCUUCCGGCGGUCUAUACUGCACUCCCAUUGAUUGCCGAGGUAAUAACUGCUAUGGAGUUCGUUUGUACUUUGAUAAUUCAAAUGAUCCCACAUUGGCUGGAAGCAACGGUCAAAAACCAAAUAUGAACCAUGAAGAGGAGGACAAACACAGUUUGAAUGCCCUGGCUGAUGUCCAUGCUGCACCACCAAGCGCAGCCGCCGCAUCAUCACGGAUCAGACCUCCGUCACCACCACUCAAUAUCCCAGCAGCAUCAAAACCAAAUCAACCAAAAUCUUAUGCCCUAGAACAGGAUCUAAGCAUGGUCCCAAAACCGUCACCAGUAUCAGACUAG